AUGAUUCCAGACAUCAAUGAGUGUAAUGCGGGAACUCACAAUUGCAGUUCUACUGCGUUUUGCAAUAACACCAAAGGAUCCUAUAACUGCACAUGUAAACCAGGAUAUGAAGGAGACGGAGAUAACUGCACACCGUCAGGUUCGUAAUAUAACUUGGCCAUUUUGUAUACCUUCGAAAGGAUUGCUGUUUUUAUUUUUCCAUGAUAAGACGCUCUUUAUAGCAAUUUUUUUAGAUAGCAGACCUUAUUACCUCAAAAUUUUAAACGGGAAGUUUAUAAUGUUUGGCAUGCCUUGUAUUUUUGAUGUUUUGUCUGCUAACAUAGCUGGCAUAAGAAACUUUGCUUUUUUGUUUUUUCUCAUAUAUUUCUUCUUUCUUCUCAGUGCUAGCCUCACUGUUUAGAUAGAUGAGAGGAGUUCCCUCGCUGCGUCGGUUGGUUCAGAACAAGCCAAGCGCUCUGAUCCGCCGUGAAGAAAACAAGGUUGAAUAGACCUUGUCACGGUUUUCGACACCAUGUUGACGAGUAGGCAAAAGUGUGAGAAAUUACAGUUUUUGUAUGAGAAUCUAAUGUUGAACAAUUCCCGUUGCAUGAGACUUGGAAAGGACAGCCGUUUUAUGGGCACGCAUCCAUAGAUCUGCUGUGUGAAUACAUCACAUCGCACAAAAAUCACGGAACCGCUUCGAAUAGAUUUAACUUCCAUCCGAGGCUCCGACCAAACACAAGAAAGCUGUGACCCCAGCCUCGAUAAAAUAACGAUCUGUUACGCCCCCAUGAAGGCUUCAUGAAAGCACGAUCUUAGUUUCGACAUACGUACGAUAAAGGCACGAUUUUUACACCAUCAAUGGAAUUUAAAAUCAUCGUGUGUUGUGGAUUUUAUUCCUUAUAACAACAGUCUUUGUAACUUAUUGUACUUGUCUCAUUCUCAUUCUCAUUCUCGUUCUCAUUCCCACUCCCAUUUUUAUUCUCAUUCUCACGACAAUUAAUUCAUAACUAACUUGACAGUUUUAAAUCUUAAUCUUCAGUUUGCGACUCAGAUUGGAACAGAUACGGAGAAAAGUGCUACAAAUUAUUCACAUUAGUCAAAAAUUGGAACAACGCCAAAGCUACCUGUGACAACCAUGGCGCCAGUCUGGUGAAGAUUGAAUCUCAUGACGAAAAUAAUUUCAUUUCAGCUACAUAUCUAACAGGCCGAGUGGAUUACUGGAUUGGACUGUCUGACGCCGAUCAUGAAGGUGUAUGGACAUGGGUUGACGGAACUAUAUUGACUGGUUAUAACAACUGGAGAAGUGGCCAACCAAAUGAUGCCAACAGUGGCCAGGGCUGCGCAGGAAUACGAAUGGGAAUUCAUCAUAACAAGGAGUACGACGCAGAGUGGCACGAUAACUCAUGCCAGAACACGAAAGGAUUUAUUUGCGAAAAGUGACAGCUAUUAUUUCUCAACUAAAACAAUGCUCUUAAGUGUGUAGAAACACAAAAUUCCUUUUUUCGAGUUCCAACUUAAGGAAACCCUCGAGAAAUUAUUUAUCGUUAUUCAUUAAACCGACCGAAACACGUUGGUCGGUUGCUAGGGCGUUUCCUCCCAUACCUCUUAAAACUGAGAGUCUUAGACAGAAGUAGAAAGCAUCGAAUGUGACGAAACUUGGCAGGGAUGAAGGUUGAUAAACUACCUGUUAAUUUUGUUGUUUGUUUUGUAUUAUUUUUUCAUUCCAUGUGCUGGUAUUGUGACGUCAUAAAUGAUGCCCAAAUUUGGCAUCAGAAUAAAAAUUCAGGAAAGAAAUGGUCAUAAUUUUAUAUUAGUUUUCUGCGCAGAAUUCUAUGAUUUCUAUGAUUUAUGGUGCAAACCACAUCUCAAUCGUCAUUAUGACGUCACAAUGACGUAUUUCGCGAUGAAAUGCGCGUUAUAGCACCACAUACACUAAGUAGAAAAAACUGCAAUUUUGAUUUUAUGUAGCUUUGUCCUAGCUCCUAGUUUUGACCAUAUAUAGCUAUUUGGCGGUAAAUUUGAUUGUCUUUUAUUAGCUGUAACUUCACGCCAUUUUAUCCGAUUGAGAUGGGGUUUUCGUUUGUGUUGCAGAAAUGUCUCUAACUUUUUGAACACCGCUUCAAAUUUUUCAUGUUGUUGCUAAUGACAGGUGUCACUUAUGACGUCAUAGUUUUAAGAAACGUCAAAAAUACCUUUACAGUGGCAAAAAUUGUAAAGAAACUUUUUCUCUAAUUAAGAUGUUCUAAUGUCUUGCUUCAUUUUAUGUAAACUACUCCUCCGACCAAAUUCAAUUCAAACUUUGAAAUACGUCUGCGUUUAUGGGCUAAAUGUUGAUGUAUAUAUUAACAUUUCUAAUAUAUAGAAGCGAAGCUCCCAAUAUAUAGAAGCGAAGCUUGUAAUAUAUAGAAGCAAGACAAGACAAGAGAGACAAGUUUAGUGAUGGUCAGUUGCUAUGGUUACGAGAUGUGACGUCAUAAGUAGCAGGUGAAAACACAUGUUUUUUUUUUCAAUUUCGUUCAAAAAUAAAAGUAAAUCUUGUGGCUAAAAUCAUGCAAUAUACUCAUUCAUGUGUUAUUUUCCACGUAAAGCCCAAAAAAGUUACUAUUUCUCGCGAUUUUAACAUGAUUUUUAAUUCUUGAUAAAAUCCAAGAUAGCGGCCAAGAUGGCCACCGUUGUUAACUGACCGGCUUAACUGACAGACGACCAAUAACAUCGCGACAUAAUUGACCAAUCAGAUCAAUAACCAGAGUAUAAUACCAUCAACUGACGUGAUACAACUCACUUUGACUCUGAAGAUGACUACCGCACAGGUUGUCGAAACGUCAGUCACUGUCAACAACAACAGUCCUAUUCAGGACUACGUUCACCCGGACGAUCAGACUCAACCUUUUAAAAUUAAUAUUAUAAGUUAUAAUGUUAGUUCCAGUCACAUCGAUCAUUUCAAGAAGACGGCUAUUCCUCUUCUUGACUCCUUAAUCAUCCAUAUGCGAGGUCGAUUUUCUGACAAGAUGGCCACGCCCGCCAUCUGCUUUGUGUCGUACCAUCGAUUAUAGUAAAUAAGGCACUGCAGCUGGAUGAUGAAGUAGAAGGGCAUGCUGUUCUGGGAGAAAGAUAUUCCAUUUCUCAAACCCCUUAAUGGAAAUUAGGUACUAAGGACAUAGAAAACACUCUGGCAGUCAACAGAGUCUCAACAGAUAGGAAGCUUCCAAACAACCUUCUAUUAACAUCUGGUGUUUGCGAUGAAGAUGCUUUUUCAAACAUUUGUCGCCUUCUGGUCAUUGCCUUCACCCUACCGAUCACAAACGCAGAAGAUGAGCCGUCGUUUUCACUGAUGAAAUGAAUCAAGACCUGCUCUAGGUCAACAACGCCUGAAGAGCGAUUCUCUGAUCUCGCAGUAGAUCGUUACAUACUACUCCGAUAUGCCAGCAAGCCUUUGUAAAGGCUCAUCCAAGAAGGCUCUUUCAAGCUAGUCUGUUUGGCAAACAACUAUCGUUGUUGCACUGUACUCUUAGUCCUUAAUAAUAGUGUCUCAAAUUUGAAAGAUUUAUACCUCUUCAAUUAAAAUGUCGAAAAUCUACGUAUUCAAACAUUACCCUCCAACUCCCCCCCGCCCCCAUUCCUUGGCCCCGGGGGACGUUUGCCUUGAACUCUCAUACUUACAACCCCCUCUUUGAAAAAAUCCUGGAUCCGCCCCUAGGGGAGUGCGUUCGAUAUGUUUGAUAGGCGCACAGGUAGCAGUUGCGAGAGAAGGGUGGAUGAUUCUAGCGAUAGAUAAAUAACAAUUAUUCACUGAAGUGGAGGUGGCUAGUGUGUGCUCAUGUCAAUAACGUUUUCAGUAAUUUGGUCGAGUUUGUUGAUUUCAGUAACUUGAGGGGCGCUACUGUGGGCUGGUUUAAAAGUUUUUCCGAAUAAAUAACAUAGAGCUAAAAUGUUUGUUUUUCCGGUGCCGAAAAUAUAACAAGUCAAGAUGAAAAGGCACCGCCGAGCUUCACAUCGCGGUAGAGAUACUUUGUGGCAACCUCCGAUUACUCCUAGUAAUAUAUCACCAGAUUUACUUUGUGUGGCACAACGGCCGCCGAGCUACUACACCACUCGGUAGAUUUACUUUGUGGCACAACGGCCGCCGAACUACUACACACUAAACUCGGUUAGAAUUGUGUGGCACAACGACCGCCCAGCUACACAACUCGGUAGAUUUACUUUGUGGCACAACGGCCGCCGAGCUAAACAACCCUGUUUCAUUGAUGCAUGCAGCAGGAGUCGCACACAUUUUCCAAAGACAGUGACGAACCAUGCUGAAAAUAUGAAGGCUUAAUCCAAAGUAAAAUUUUACUCAGGUUAUUGAACGCUUUGGAAGAUCCAACAAACGCUGACAAGCACAGAUCGAUAUGUACGCUUUACGACGACAAAUAUUAAAGAAGAACGCCGCGGACACAUGAAUCACCAUGUGAGUUAGCGCAUCAAAGUAAGGCAACUGUGUGUCGACACAAAUGCAAUCUAGAAAAAAACCUCCCUUAUUACAAAGAGUUGCUAUGAUGUUAUUGCGUUCGAGGUACGAGAACACAACUCCUAAUUUGUGUUGGGUGUUUUGUGCAUUAUUGGGUGUCAUGUGCAAUUAAUAAGGGUGGGUAAAGAAGGUCGAACUGCAUACCUCAGUUUGUUGACUUGUAUCUCUCAGGAUGGAAACGACCAAUACUAGAGACAGAGGAUUCAACCAUUCAACUUUGCCUUACUCCAGAGUUAAUAACUGCAAAUGCCUCUGAGGGCGUAUUGUGAAGAAUAAUUUCAGAUUAAAAGUGAUCGAAGAAAAGGCCUAUGUCACACAAAGUGAAUAUCUGAUCGGCGCAGCCUCUUCCAUCGUGGAAUCUUUCCUGUUUUUCUCUCAUGGGAGGACGCAGGGGGGUUUUACUGGAAGUAUACAGUACUAUGCAGAGCUAUAAAGACCUUGUGCGCAGUUAAUCCCAUUUAAUAUGUCACGCUCCUCGAAAGUGCUAACAGUUCUGUAUUAAAUUUCAGCAUACUUAUCAUAUGAUAUACACCGCAAGUUAAUCUUCAUUUCGCGCAAGAAUAUAUUUUUUUGCGCGCGCGCAUUAAAAGUCCCUAAAAUCACUCGGUUCCUUACACUUCCUGGAAACGGUAACCUGAGAUCAGGCCCAAUUUUAGCGGUUCUCAUACAUUCUCUCUAACGGCUACCGCUAAAAUUGGGCCUGAUACAAACUCUCUCACGUUUGUGAUCGUUAAUUUUGGCCGUAACGCUGAUUGGCUGUUGGAACAAUGCCGCAAGAUCUGAUUGGCUGUCGGAAACGCCGAAAGUUGAAAGCGCUUAUUCCUCGCGUGGUUGUUUUCGUGAAUGAUCCGCCGUCGGCAGAGAGAAGGAUCGCUUUUGCUGUCUUUUUUAUUGUUUUAUGGUCUUAUGGUAGGAAAAUAUGCCUUAAUUUGUGCAUGGAAAUUCAGAAAAUGCAUAUAUAUGGUUGUUCAUAUCUUCUCAGGAUUUGCUUUAGUUACGGAACUAAUGUGAGUCUAUCGCAGAGUUGAAUCCCUAUGCAAGUUGUUGACCGCUAAUAACAAGGUGCCUUUUGAUUUACCAACAAACGAGUGCAAAUCAAAAUACUGUCCAUCUUAAAACUGGUUUCAUUUGAAAGUUUGGCCAGGAAUGACUUCUCUGAACGGGGUACGCAAGCGGAGGCUUACUGCGAAAGAAACCUCAGUCGCCAACUGUGAAGUGUUAGACGCAAAUAUCGCAUCGCUGUUCAAAGAAUUUUUGUAGGCAUUAUUAUAAAAGCUGGUGGCGCUAGUCUUAAGGUAACAGACUUGUUGUUUGCCUUCGCUUUUUGUAAGAAAUAAACCAGGAAAACUGGUGUCCUCGCUCGUUGGCUGUUUGCUGUUUGUUUAUUUCGAUUAAUAAAUUUAGCGAGCUUUUAAGACCUGCAGUAAAACAACAACACAACUAAGGAGAACUACAAAGUGUGUUUAUAAUAUUGUUUCUCUUUUUGUUUAUAGGUCAGUUGAGCAUACAGUUAGUGGCAGAUAAUAUUUACCUGGAUUUUUUAAAUAUAUAUAUAUAUAUUUAUUAAAAACUGAAUCAUUGGAUAAUGCAAUCCUAGCAUUUUGAUUGGCUUAGCCGUUAUGGUAUAUUAUACACUUAAUGUCAGAUCCCAAGGGAAACAGUUAGUUUUGUUUUCCCGAGAGUCCUGAUGUUUCCCGAGACGAAGUCGAGGGAAACAUCAGGACUCGAGGGAAAACAAAACUAACUGGUUUCCCGAGGGAUCUGACAUUAAGUGUUUUGUUAUAUUUCUAGAACUUUCACUUCAACAGCAACAAAAGAAUAACCGGAGCGAACGAAAACGAACCAAAACAGUCGACUCGGUACUUAACACAAAUUUAAUUCUCAAAAGCACUGAAUGAAUGAUUUACAAACAAAAGUGCUUUCCUUAUAUCAUCUGCAUCUUUUUCCUCCACUAGCUGCUGUUUUUCUUCUGGGAACUUCUGGGAUAACUUUAAUAAAAAUCGUUGCUUUUUAGCUUGAGGCUUCGUGAUUGUGUUGUUGUGUUCAUUCACGAAAAAGAAAACCGGCAGGACCUGGCGGUGUUUUUCCCGCAUUCUGUCACGCCACUUUCUACCAUGCUUUGAUCACGUGCUGCAAUGUAUCCCGAGCGGGAUACAUUGUUUAAUGUAUCACGAUCGGGAUACAUUUGAUUUUAGUCAAGGCCACGUGACCAAGAAUCAACCAAUGGCAGUCCCUGUUUAGUUGAGUGAAAUUCUAGGAAUAUAACAAGAGCUAAUAUACCAUGUUCUCCAUAUAUGGUCGGUGUACGCGUCAGUUUAAAAUUGGAAGCUAGCUGAGAUUUUUUUCGCGAAGGAUAGAACGGCGCCCGAAGCAAAUCGUUUUAAUUCAUUUCUUAGAAUACUAGAAAUGCAAUUUCAACGAAAGAAAAAAGACAAAAACAAACAAAAAAGCCACAAGAGCUUGUUUGAAAGUUUGUCGAAAAACACAUGGAACUAAAGUACCUUGACCAGCUACGAAAGAAGACAAGUGUUGUUUCUUCAUGAUCGCGAAGCCAUUCGCCGAUCGAGUCACUCGCCGAUAGAUAACUGCAGCUUGUUUAGCCAACAUCAAGAAUAUAAAUCACAAGUAACCAGCUACAAAUACAGGCUUUGCAGCCAUUCACUUGAGCAAUCGAGGCGGCAGUAUAGCUUCUUUUCUCGUUCAGCAAAACCAGCUUGUGGCUCUUCAAACAACUUCAUAACAAGCGACGAGGUAAUACUGGUAGUUUUUCUCCGUUGUUCUUACUUUUAUAACUGCACCGAAAAUCCAAAUUCAUAGUAAUUUCGACGGCUGUCACUUAAAAAUUCCUUUCCUUCACAUUAUCUGCCAGGUUUUUUAAGCUGUUCUGCUGUGUAAAAUCCUAGAAUCACGAUGAGUUUUUAAAAAACUAAUGUUCAUCGCACAAUGUUUUGAUUUUUCAUUCACGCAGUCUAGGCGAGCCCGUUCGCGCGUUGACAGUUUUGAUAGACGUGUGACAUGUCAAUAGCGGAAGUCCCUUGUCUUUUCCGGUUUGUUCUAGUCGGGGCCAUUCAACGAGAUUUUGUGGGCGUUUUUAAUAAAACAAUUAUUCCACUCGGGCUUGUUGGAUAUGAAAUGAUUAUAGCCAACUCGGCGCUAUGCGCCUCGUUGGCUAUCUAUCAUCUCAUAUCCAACGCGCCCCCGUGGAAUAAUUGUUAAAUAAAUAAAUAUAUAUAUAUUUAGACGUUUGUUUCUCUAGUAAAUUCGCAGAUAUUAUUGAAAGUGUACGCACAGGACGAGUUUCAAUUCUCUUGAACAGAAAAUAUAUGCUUGAAAAUAUAACCUUGCCCCAUGGUCAAAAAGUUUAAUUCCGACAAAUAUUUUCCUUCCUUAUUGUAACACUGCUCAGUCAAUCAUAAAAGGCCAUGAAAAAAGGAAAUGAUCAAAAAGUGACAAAAGCUCUUGUUUGUUAGACAAAUUUUAUUUAUCAGUAUCAUAGGAAACGUAUAAAGGAUAGUCUUGGUGGAAGUGCAUUUUGAUGUUAGGGUUUACUUGGUCAGAACAAUUGCAACUUACAGCCCAGGAUGGGUUAAAGUGUCUGACUUUACCAAUAACAGGGCCCACUCUCUACAGGUUGGUUUUCACUAGCACAUUAGCAUAAGCAUAAGGACAUACACACGUGCAGAAUGGCAUAUUUGACUUACUUCUCGAUACCAGCUCUCCUCAACCCGAUGAUAAACAAGAUGGCGAACGAAGCGUCUGCCACAUUGCUUUUGGUAUGCUCACAUAAGGUCUGGGUCAAUGUGACCUAUUUUUGGUCUACGGCUUUGUGCUUAGCUUAUGCUUGUGUUUAUGCCAACCCUGUUUUACAACAUAAGCAAAAGCACAAGAAGAACGGCCUUGUUUGUUUUUCUUGUGCUUAUGCUAAUGCUUAUGUCACCACAGUUUUCACUUGUAUUGCUUUCGUCAUAAAAAAUGUGCCAAAUCGCGUAAACAAAGCCAGUUUACAUGCAAAUUUAUACUGACUUCUGUCCGCGAUAUAUCUGAUGGAUCGCACCAUAUUAAAGGGCUUCUGAUAGGUCGUUAUAUUAAAAAAAGGUGAAAUUUCGCGGGAUUUUCGGAGACAGAUUUGCUGAAAGUCUCGGGGCUAACCUCGCCAAAAAACAAUCGGUAAAAACGGCCCAUUUCGUGGGAAUUUUUUGGGCAAAUUUCGCUAGAAAUCGAUCGAUUUUGCGCUGAUUUGAUGAGCGUGUUUAAUGUUUUUUUAACAGAGACAAUCAUUUGCUAUUUUAACAAAAAAGCGCUCGAGAAAUAGCCAAAGGCAACGCUUUGAACAUCAUGACUAGUGCCCAGGUUUUUGCAACAUAAUUUCCGCCUGGCAGUUUUGGUACGUUGUUCGCUCGUUUGUGGUAAUGAUGUUUCAAGAUAAAUUUGCAAGUUUACGGCAAUUAGACAGCCCCAAUAGCCGAGAUAAGUUUCAAAUAGGUUGUAUCGACAUGUAUUUGUUAAGAUUUCUAGCGAAUUUCUCGUUGCAUGUUUUUGUGAAUUUCGCGGGAUUUCGCAGAUUUACCUGAAUUUUGCGGCUCCACUUCCGUGUCAGACGCCCUGAUACUUAAUGAACUGCGUCAUUUACAUUAUACAAACUGGCGACUAAAAAUUUGCAUCUGGCGACUAUAUUUCUACAGUUGGUCGCCAAAAGGCGACAUGAGGAUUUUUUUUAAUUUCGAGCCCUGUUAUAACUGGCAGGUAUGUUUUACUUCGUUUGGUUUUUAGGGCAUACAAACAACAAACAUCCCUUAGUUGAAAUUAGCUGAUGGCCUCCACAGACUGGAUAAGCUUAUUUUAUUGUCGACAACGGUUUGUUUUUGACAACUAAAUGUUAUCGACAACUAAAAAAACGCAGUGUGUGAGAUGAAUUGUCGACAACUCAACGCUAAAUUUUACUGUUGUCGACAACUAAACAGUUUCCCUCGUUAGAGUGGUCUCAGGACCUUUUAGAUAACAUUAAAAGUUAUCGAUCUGAAAAAUUAAAGGAGUCCGCAACUAUAUUUGAAGCAAAUAACUCCAGUUAAAUCCCUGUCAUUCACGUAUCACGAACUGGUACCUCUUAGGUGUAGAUACAACUUUUGGCCACCCUCUUAAAACCAUACUCUGGCCACCUUGUUUUUUUUACCAUUUUCAGACGAGCAACCCUGUCAUUUUUUUAGGGGAUAACCCCCCCCCGCCCCGGGACCCCAUUCAGUCUAAGGGAACGCAAAGAGCCAACGUAGAAUCAGCUGCAUCAUAAUUAUUCUAAUACUAUUCUUUUGUUACUUUUUUAUUGUUUUGUAUGUUAAUUGAGGGAAGAAUAUGAUUUUUUUAAAAAUAAUUAAUGGGGGAGAAUUACACCUUAAGAUUUUGUCCUUCCUCGUACUAAUCUUACACUCUUCAACUUUCUUUUCACAAUUACAAAUUGAGGUACGUAGACGGCGUCUGAGUGGCACUACAUUAAAGGUCAAAAAGAGGAAGCCACCAGAUAAGAAAAAAAAAAAAACAAAAUAACGUCUGUAGAAGGCCCUCACGGUGUUCCAUCCUCCAAGACUAUUUCGGGAACAAGAAUGAUCCUGGAGGCUUUAAAAGAAUUCAACGUGAAAUAGAAGCUGCACAUCGAGAUUAUUACGUGAGUAAGGUAAAUGUGAAAGCCUUGGUGACUCUUCUCAUCGCGCAUUUCAACUCAAAAAUGAGAUCUAUUUAUGACAUGCCAACAGUUCAACAGUUUUGCUAUCAAUUUCCUGCUGCCUUAGAAGAAACUCUCAAAAGAAUCAGUUAUUGUGGCUUCACCUGUUUUACCUCGCGAUACUCGUAUUAUGACGAUCCCGAUGGGAUGUUUGUCUUUAAAGUGAUUCACAAGGUUCCCAGCCCUGUAGAACAAAGAAGAUGUUGAAAAGAUUAGGCUGUGGGGGAGAACUUAUGGUGAUAGCACAUAACAGCUGAGCGUCAGAGCGAAAUCCUCCAAAGACAAUCCAGGCACUUUGCCUAUCAGCGCCUAUGGCCGACGGAAGCUUCCAAACAAUCCAGCGAGUUUGGAGGACCUCACUGAAAGAUUGGAAGAAGAAACCGUAACGGCUGCCGUGAAUGAAGAAAGUGUUGACAGAGAGGAGAGUAUUGCACUUGUUGAGAACAAGACGAUGUGAUACUGAUCGCUAAGCUCAAAGAGAUCAGUGGACCCUUUAUUUUAGGAAUAUAUCUAAUUUAAACAGAAUUUACUGUCUACAAAAGCGGGCUGUGCCAGCCAUUACAAAUUUAGAACAUCGAGCACAUACUGCUCGUAGUCUCCAAAUUGAAAAUUUUAGAUAUUUUCCAAGUCAAUACGCUUGAUACUACUAAAUUUAUGUUUCGCUACCACAAUAAUCUGCUGCCUCCACUCUUCACUGACUCUUCCGCAAUCUGUUUAUGACAAACAGUCAAGUCCAUAGAUAUGACACAAGAACAGCCAGUAAUUAUCGAGUGCAUUCCUGUCGUACGAACAUCAAGAAAUUCACAAUUCUUUACCAAGGACCUAGAAUCUGGAACUGUCUUCCUGCAUCUGUUACAAACUUGUCAAGCUUUUCUAUCUUUAAGAAAAAAGUGCUAGAGUUUUUAUUAAAAUAGUUACUGAUAGGAAUUAGUUUAGCCGCACUUCUUCGCAGCCCUUAUUUCUUAUAAUAUUGUGAUGUCGAGGUGGCCUCUCUAUAUAAGCCUGGUGGUUUCAUGAAGUCUCCUCACGUCACAACUUGCUGUAUCCUGUAAAAUUUGCUGCAACAAAAAGGCUAAUACAUGAUGAUGAUGAUGAUGAUGAUGAUGUUGAUGAUGAUGACGAUGAUGAUGAUGAAAGAUUGAACAAAAUCUUAAGAGAACUUCAUCUAAAGUAAAAACACACCUGUACGCAAGCGAUCCCGACAAUUGUCUAAUAUUCAAUUACGAGUUCACCGCUGAGGUAAAGAAACAUCUUGUGCUUGGCACCGUUUGGGAAGUGCGGUUCACAGACGAAGAUUUUCAUAUCGAUUUAAACCAAGAGCUCUACGAAGAAUGUCUCGAGUGUACAAGGGGGGUUUGAAGGAAGGGCCACGACUGAUGUGGAUGAAGAAGAACUUGAAGAGGAACAAGAUCCUCUUGUCAAAACAACCUCUUUGGAAGAAUUCAAAAGCUUCCAAACCGUUUUUUAUUGAAAACACGGCCUAAUUAAAGCCCAGUGAGUAGAGCGGUAGAGAAACUCAGAAGAACUCAUGAAGGUAACAAUAUCUUCUCUUUUUAACCAUGUAUAGCUAGAGUAGCUAAUUUAUUAUUUGUCGUUGUCAUUUAUCGCGUGCAUUUCCUCUGAACUUGAUAGCCAUAUUUAUAGGAAUUAGGCACCAUACAGAAUUACAUUUACUUUAACCCAAAGAAGGAUUUACAAAAUUUCGAGCAAUACUGACAAGAAAGCGAGCAAUGCGAGCAACUGCAAAAAUAUUGGAAGCACGAGCAAGCGAGCACUCGUUUUAAUUUUGCGAGCAAAUCGAGCAAAGGUAAAAUUUUGCGAGCAGUUACAAAUUUUAAUGGACCAUAAUUUAAGUUUUGACGUUAAUGUCAAAAUUCGACGGGUGGUAUGGAACUGUUUACCGGUAUAGUAUAAAUUACAUCCCCGUUGUAGCUUAACCGCACUUAAUGCACUCGACUUUUCGGGAGACUUGCGAUCCGAGAACAAGGCAGAGCUCAUGGGUGUUGUUCUUCACUACAGUAUUUUCUUUAUGCUGUACAUGCAUUCUUUAAAAAUUUGCUUCGGCUGUUUGGAUGGUAAGUUCUUCUUUUUCCGCCUUGUUGUUUCAAUCAUAUUUGGCUCGCUAGUUUCAAAAACUGAGCGUCAAUAUAGUGACAAACACAUUUAUCUCUUGAAAGAAGAUAAAAAAAUUAAAAUUAGCUAGACCGACUGUAAAAACUGGAAACAAAGAGUAGCUGCAAAAUUUUCUGCUCUAAUAUACUGCCCAUACAUAUGACUUUUUUACGGCUUGCGGUUAAUUUCUCUUCUUUACAGUUAACAGACAUAUGCAAAAAAGUCAGUUCACAUGCAAAAAGUUCCGUAGAAUUAAUUUUCGUGGUUGCAAAAAAUUUUAAGGCUCGUAGGACUCCAAGGACCGUAGUUCCCGGAUAUGUCUAUUAGCAACGAGGGGAAAAGAUGCAAAACGUUCCAAACAAGCGUAUUCGAAACUCUCUGAAUGACAAAUUUUGGUUGGGGACCUUUUCACUAUUAACCUCUUUUUACAACUUCUAGCGAUUAAGCCAUCUUUGUAGGCUUUCAUUGUAUUAUUUAGCUUGUCUGGUCGCCGGCAAAAUUAUUGCUCUACAAGAAUGUAGUUACAGAAACGAAAAGAGACUAGCUAUUAUUAGUGAGAAAAAAAGGCUGCUAACAAUGUCAGUGUGCGAGGAGUUUUUAGUCCCUCUUUCCCUCUUAAUUCUUUUCGUUUCUUGUCAGUUCGACUUGUCACUUUCCUUUCGCAGGCCAAGGCUCCUUAUUGUCUGUUCUUAUUAUCUAUAUUUUUACUUUGGACCCCUGCCAUAUUAACACUCUACGUUAAUACGACCCUAGUUGUACCCGUCUUUAGUUAAGUUGACGAAACCUUUUCUAGCUCGAAAAUGUCCUGCCAUUUAAUUUCCUUAUUCGAAAACCUCGUUCAAUAUGACCACUUACUUUUAUGGUGCUAUAUGGGUUGUACCACGUUGAUUAAUACUACCAUGUUUUUAAAGCCCAACGGUCAUCGUAUUAACGCGAAUUUUAUUCUACUCAACUGUCCUUGUUUCCUUUGUGGUCCAUUUAAUAUAUAUGUUUAAGACGUUCACUGAAUGUUGGCCUUUUUUCAGAAUAAAUAUAAAUGUACUCAUAGACGGUUAAGGCUAAAUAAAUGUUAUUUAUUUUUGUUCUCUUUGGGGGUGAGUCAGUGUUAAUUGCCAUUAUAGAAAUUUUCCUUUGAAUUCAGAAAAUCUAUUUUAUGUUUUAUUCUAUUUAAUGCAAGGAUUUUUUUACUCAUUCAAUCAUGCAGCUUCUAAACAGACUGACUAAAUAACAUGGCAACCUAAUGAAUGUUGAAUUAGUGGAAACAAGAACGCGCUUACAGCGGCAUUCACGUCUCGCCUGAAAGGAGAUUAGAUCGAGAAAUGAGGAGGUGAUUAAUUCUACAAGAAACAUGAUUUACUCGCUUAAGGUUUUUUACUUCCUACUUUAUCGACGUCGAUACUUUUUAUUUGUUUCUGAAUUGAUUUAGAACGCAUGUUAGCGACAACCAAAAAUACCUCUCCGGUAGCAGGCUAUACGCGUGCAUAAAUACACGGAAAUUCAAGGGCCUCGAUUCCAGAGAAAUUACAUCAUUGCCAGAUAUCGAAAGAGUGAUUUACAUGCACGUCAUGUCAAUCAUCGCCGAAAAUAAAUCGCAUGCUCGUCACAACACUCAUUGCAUACAGUGAAUUAUCCAGUUGCCAGCGGACUCAACGAACAACAUGGAAACCUAUUUAAAAGUUAAAUAACAGGAGACAAGUGUGAGAAAAUUUUUAAGAAAAUUAACAUAAAAUUGAGUUUCGUUGUUGUCACUGCGGAUUAACCCUCACACCAUAAACUCGUUAACAAGGAGAAAAUUUCUAAGAAACAAAGAAUUCUGUUGAGUUGAGUUGAGUUUAUUAUUUCCCAUUUCUGUUAUUUGCGUGAUAAGGGAAAAAUUUUUCACAAUAAACACGACAGUUUACCACUAUUCAAGACAGGUGGCCAUGGGAAUACCAUCUUCCUAUUUUCUUGUUUUCAUCCUUUUCAUUUGGCUUUUACAAAUUUUAAAACGAAUCAUCUUAUAUUUUCCUUAAAAACGGGGUUUUCGUUAUAGAGCUCGACCAAUUGACAGAAAAAUAUUGGGCCUAGAUAGCUAACAACUUAUAUCCAUUUCCUUGUUGACAUUAUUUCAUAUACUUUGCUUUUUUAAGCCAGUUUGAAGAAUAAAAUGUACUCUUCCAGGAAGAUCAUCAGCGAUUCCAAAAACCCAGCAAGUUUAAUUAAUAUACAUAGCAGGUUCAUAAAAUUUCAGAUAAAACAUAGCUGAAAGAGCCGGAGUAUAACAUAAAAUAUAAGUUAUUACGUUCCAUGAACUUCAAUCUUGUUUACAAAGAACAGUUGCUUUAUAUUUAUCGAAGUUCUUUUUGUCACCAAAAAAAGGCAGAAUUGCUAAAUGAAAUUUUUUUCCUUUUUAAAUUCAGAUAAUUGCCGCGUACUGGCGUUUCCGAGUUAUUUCCUUAUUGCUGACAAAUGUUUGGAGAGCCACACGAUCUUAAUUGUCCAACAUGUCCAAGAUAUCGGUCUUUGUAAACUGCUUUGUUACAAGGAACCAAACUGCGUCAGUGUGAAUUACGAGAUACAAACACAAAAACGAUGUGAACUGAACAAUUCAACACACCGAGCGCACGAUGCAGACUUUAAAGAGAGGGAAGGCUGCUUAUAUCAUGGAGCAACUGUAAGUUUAUUUGUCUUCUCUUUUCUUGUCUUUUUUUCUUUUAUGAUCUGCUUUCAUCAUCUUCAAGGCCAUGGAUCAUUAUCUCAUCAUCGCGGCAUCAUUAUCACCAGAGACGGCGUCUUCGUCAUUAGGAGUGAACGUCUCUUAAAAAAGUUAACUCAAGCUGUUUCAAAAUUCAUCGCUUAUCUUCCAUGUCGCGAUUUGUCAAAUGUUGGUGAAUCAGUUCAGAUGUUAAGUUAAAAAAAAAAAGAAUAAGAAAUCGUUGUCCAGAAACGUGAAAUUAGGCAGGUCAUGAGACGACAUCAACGAAAUAUACAAUUAAGCUUAAUCCACGUGCAAAGUUUUUUUUAAAAAAAUUUGGUAAACUAAACCUAUUUGCUUUUUCGACGUUUUCGUUUACUUCGACGUCAUCGUUGUUUAAGCUCCCUAUUAUCAUCAUCAUCUUCGUGAUAAUUACUAUCAUCCUCAUCAUCAUCCUCAUCUUCAUAUUGUAGUUUAUAGUUGACGCUCGAUCAUGAAGGUUUGGCGUAACUUCUGUUAUAAAUCAGACCUGAUUUUUGUUCUUUUUAAAGAGUGCUUGUAAUAAUCCCCGUUGCCAUAACAACGGUACCUGUCAGUCUGGAUUCACAGAGAAAAGAUAUCGGUGUUUAUGUCCUUCUGGUUUCACUGGUGAACAUUGUGAGAAUGGUAAGUUGUUCUUGAAAGUUACUUUCUUUUUUCUUUUCAUCCAGAUCCUUAGAUAAGUGGGGCCCGGUCCCCAAACAAAAAUUUCUUCGGCCCUGCGGGCCUCAGCUUAGUCUAAAAAUAAGGGAGGGGGUGUCGGGCCCCUUCCCUCGAUCUGCCACUGCAAAUCUCUAUAAAUUUGGGUAACACAUUUCGUCGGAUAUCUCGUAUACGAAAUACUCCUCUGACCUGAAUCUUGGUGAGAGUCUUUGCAUACUUAUCUUCGUUUAUUUCCCAGAUUCUAUACUUUAUUUAUUGAACGAUUUUGAUUUUUAUUUUGAUCUGUUUUGAACGGCGUGACACUGAAAACCAGCAAUACCUCUAUGCUCUUUGCACGGAAGUUCAUUUGAUCGUCUGAAGUUAGUAUUUUAGGAAACUAACCGGGGCGUGGCCUUUUGUUCUUAGCUGUAAUUGACCCCUUAAGAAGACCAUGUAUCAAGAAAGUAUGACGGCAUUUGUUUUUGAAAAAACCAAACUCAUCCUCUCUAGCCCUCAGCGAUACCUUAAUGGGUUACCUCAAGUGUGACCAAAAUUGGUACGUUUUACCCCUAGUGGAAGCGACGAGCACCUACGUCACAUUCAUAUGGGAGUUCCCUAACACCCGGGCUCGAGCUUCUAAGUCUAAUGGGAACCGAUGAAAUCGGGUUGUAGAUUGUAGAUAUUUUUUGAUAACUCACCGUGAGCACAGCUAAGGGCUAAAUUCAGUUUUAACUAAAUAAAUUUUUGACGGAACAUAAGUUGACAAGAACAAGAAUGUCAAAUAUCGAAACUGUGGGUCCAACCAUAAUCGUUUGCUGAAGAUGUCAAAAGUCUUAAUUUUCUCAUAACUAAUUAAGUUCAUAAGUGAAGGUGAAAAACAAAAACAAAAACCAAAAAAAGCAAAUUAAACAAUAAGUCAAUGUCUUAACAGACAGAGAAACAGUCUAUUUUUGCUUUGGAUUAGACACCAAUGUUUUGGCUUGCUACUUAUAUGUUACUUAUAUGAUGUGAAGUAUAUAUGAAAUAAUUCAUUUUUGAACUGCGGUUGUAGAUGAAAGUGCGAUGAUCAUUCUUGACUUUCAUGUUACUUAUAUGUUACUAUUUUCCAGGAACCUCUUCUCUUGAUUUCACUGUAGAGAUAUAUUAACUGGGGAAAGUCUAAAAUACGUCAAAUGCGAAAUAAAUUUGUUUCUAUUAUUGAUCAAUAUAAUUUCAGACAUCAAUGAGUGCAAAGAAGGAACCCACAAUUGCAGUUCUAAUGCGGUUUGUAAUAACACCAAAGGAUCCUACAACUGCACAUGUAAACCAGGAUAUGAAGGGGACGGAAAUAAUUGCACAGGUAAUUUCUUUCUUAACUUAAUCAUUUUGUAUGCCUUCGAAAGCAUUGCUGUUUUUAUUUUCUCGUAGUAAAAUGAUCUUUAUAGCAAUUACUUGUCAGAUAGUUGACCAUAUUACCUCAGUCAAAAUUUUAAGCAGAAUGUUUUACAACACUUGGUACAGUGUACCUAGUAUUUUCAAUGUUUUGUCGAUUUGAAGAACAUCAAUGGCCGGCAUCAGAAACUUUGCUUUUUUUCCUCAUGUAUUUCUUUUCAUACUACAACUAAGCUUGCCAUUGUUCAAUAUGAUUUCAGACAUCAAUGAGUGUAAUGCGGGAACUCAAAGAACUUGAAACAUUUGUUGCCGCUUCCAGUGAAAUACAGAAUUCUGUUGUCCCACUAUUGUUUUCAAUGAAUUAAAAUUUGUUUGGCUUAAUGGUUUGAGCAAAUAGAACAAAGGUACCACACAGCAACGGUUAGGCAAGAUUCGCAAUAACAGCAGCAUUAAAUUGGUCUUUAAAAUCUGUGAGGUUUUCGCUAAUGAUUACCCGGUAUCAACUUAGCAUUGAUUUCACCGUUUGCCUGAGAAGUAGAUCAUAAAAUGCAUUUCCAUUUAGGCUGCCUUCGGUUGUGUUUUCACUAGGCCGAUUUUCUAGCUGAACAUAUAUUCUUUCUGGGGUUUUGUUUACAAACCGACUUUACUAGUUGAACGUGACAACUGUUUUAACUGUGAAUUUUUGCCCACAAUCUAAGCCGCUAACUCAGAGGAUACAAAUUGCUGAAAUUGCAAAAGCGCGCCAUAGUCAAAAAUGGCGGGGGACGAAGCGCAUGUAAUGAGGCUUAUUAUUUAAUUGAGAUGGGUUGUGAUGCGGUAAAUGGUUCUGCACACCGGCGCUCUGAAAAAGAUAAGGACCUGGAAGAGGAACUGGAGAAUCCAAUGGGGUCGGUGGGAUUGUAAAUCGAAAGAAAUGAGUUUUGGAAUCGUUUGCCAUAUUGAAGUCCUCAAGCUCAACCAUGAGGCGAUUGUCUCUAGCCUGCGUAGCAUGGUGGUUUCGUUUGGAGCACUAAUGAGAGGAGAUAGCAGAGAUAGCAGAGCGAGCGAAACGCGAGCGCGCGUGAAAAUCACCCCACAUGGGGUGACUCUCACGCCCGCUAGCGUGUCGCUCUCUCUACUAUCCCUGAGGAAAAAUGGGGGACUACUCGUAGUCUAAUCUACACAAGCAUAAUAAUUAUAGUUUUAUUAUUAGGUUUGAUAUUGUGUGCGAUGUUUUCUUAGUUUAGGUUUCGAGAUAUAUCUAUAUCUUUAUGUAAAUUUCGUUUUCCAGUCAGCUGGGUUAAAUUCGUCCCCAGACUUCUCUCAUUUUGUACGUUAUCAUGCUGACGAUUACCUAUAUGGCGUGAACGCCCCCAAAAAAUUUUGCCACCUUUUGCGGCCGCGUCCAUAACAAGACGAAUUUUUGUCUAUAAGCUGAGGUGUUUUCAUUUAUAUUGCUCACUAAUUUGUCUGCUGCAGAGGUUAUCUGAUGUAUUUUUAGAGUAAGUAUUCAACUACUUUUUAUUUCCAAGACCUUUCAGUACUUUCAUGUGUCAAUACCGCAGGCCUUUUUUUGUUUCUCUAGAAACCUGUUUAACUUCAAAGUCCUUAAGAACUAAGUUAUAGCUAUAUAAUAAUACUAACCCUUUAGUUCCCUUCAUUUUACAAUGGCACUGUAUAUUUGUGUUGGACGUGGCUGCAUUGCAGUUUGUUGGUCGCUCAAUAUUAGAGCUUUUUCAAACAAUUAACUAUUUACCAGUUCUAUUUGUGUUUUUAUGCCUAUAACAUUCCCAUUUACACAUACUACCUCAAUACCUCCUAGUUUAUUUACCCACUGUAGUGGACGUAGCUGCAUAGCAAUUUGUGGGUCCCUCACUAUCGUUGUAACCAAAACCAGUUGUGUUUUUCAUUUUGUUUUUAUGCUAUAUGUUACUGUAGACUUAACUGUAUUGCAGUUUAUUGGUCCAGUUGCUUUGCUUUAACCUUUGCUUUAACCUUUGCCAUUAACCUCACCUAUUUUAUGUUCAAUAAAUACUUACAACAUCCCCUGCACACACCACCUACUCCUUCUGAUUCUAUCAGUGGAGGGGAACCCACGCCAUGUAUUUGGUGAUCCCUUUCCCAACACCCGGCAAGACACAAAGGUUUCUACAGAAACUACUGUUCUUUUUUUUAACAAAGAAAAAAAAUCAGUGCUCUGCAUGUACAUCACACUCUUUGGUACCGUUUUAUCGACGUCCAGUGCCAAAGGAUACGAGAGAAAAGAGACCCUGGGCACCAUUUACAUAAAGGAGCACGAAAUUUCGAAAGAAAAUCCAAUGGUUCACCCCAUUCCGUCAGCCAAAGCUUCAGAAGAUGUCGGCUGUCGUUCGAGGCGAUGUACGUCUUUUUUUUUUACUCAUUUUAGUAUCUCUACCACAUUUGGCCACACUUUGAAGCGCCUCUUCUACUACAAGGUCAUAUUAAAACCCAUCAAAUUUCAAUCGGAUGAUGGAAAGCACCAAGACCGAGGCCGUGUUAUCCCGUUUUCCUGUUCAUCGGAAUGAACAUUUUGCCUUUACGUCCUAAUUCGUACAACAGUUAAUACAAAAUGGUCACAUGAACAUGUUGGUCACAUGAUCAGUGUUCAUGUGACCUAAAGUAGUCACCAUUUGGCAAAGACAACGAUGUUGAUGCUGUCGAAAUGUCAAUCUAAAAAGAUUUACCUUGUUUAAUAAAUCCCUUUUUUCUUCAACAUAAACUCAGUGUAGCUAAUAUCGUUAUCUUACUUCUUACAGCUUCAACGUGCAAGGACAUUUAUGACAGGACUUUGUAAGUACAAGCGAUAGAAAAUAACUUGAUAAAAAGACACUAAACCAAAUUCUAAAAUAUAUUUUUUAAAAUCUCUGAGGGUUCCAAAAUAAAAUUGCUAAAAUUUCUUCUUAAUUUUCUCCACUAAUUGGCAAGUUAAAUACACGAAAAUCGGGAGGUCAACGGUGAGAAGAUUCAGAUCUGGAUUCAGUACAAAAAAUGGACAUUGCUAUAAAGUCAGUAAAAAAAUAGCAAAAAAAUUAAAAAGAGGAAAAUAGCAGUAGACCAGAUACUUAAGCCAUACUCGUGUUCAACACCUAAGGUCGAAAACGAAACAACAAAAUAAAAAAGAAGGAAAGAAACUUAAUGAGUUUAUUCAGGAGUGUUCGCUGUGGUCAAGGCAAUUACAGUCUUUUCUGGAGUCAGUGAAAUGUACUAAAUCUCUGAACAAUAUAUAUAAAUUGGAGUUCCUGAUGUUUAGAUUAGACCCUGAACUUAUUACAGAAUCACUGCGGAUAAAACCAUUGUCAUAAGAUUGUAAAAGGCAAUCAGUGAAGAAAGUCGAUUGUCUCCAAUAGUGUCAAAUGUGUGUGCGCGACAUAAGCAUGCAAGUUUCAAAUGUCAUCCCUUCAUUUCUAACUACCCGUUCAAUUUAUCUCCUUCGUACAUAAUUUUUUGUGAACAAAGGAGUUCUACCUACUUAGUAUUCUAAAAAACCUCAGAGUUCAAGACAAAUACCAAAAAAAAACAACCCAAUAACGUAACUGUUACAUAAAAACAAAAUAUGUAAUACAAACCAGGGUUAUAGGGUUAUAUAUAUCGCGCUUUCCUAUCCUUUUUGCACAACAUUUUGCAACGUCGUUGCAGAUUCUUCAGCUCAACUGCAACGAUCCCGACCCGACUCCAAAACAUGUUCCCAUGCCCAUGACAAAGAAAUCCACUCAUAAUUCUAAAUUUGCCAGAUUUUUUAACAAACUAGUGUGCUCUAACAAAAAGGAGAAAAGUAGCUAUGUCAUUCUGAAUGAACUUAGCCAUUUUGGUGGCUUGUUUGUUCAGGGCCAAAGAAAACGCAGCGUAUUUGCUGGAUGUUGGGUCUACAAAGGUUCCCGUAUACUGUCACAUGACCAAGCAUGGUCUUGAUGCAUGCGGAGGAGGUGGAUGGACGCUGGUCAUGAAGAUCAAUGGCUCAAAGGUAUUAAAAGUUAACUGUUCAAAAGCUGAUUAACUACGAAGUCGCUCGUCAACAAGCGUACUCCCCCUGUUAAGGUAAACUUUUAAUUCUAGAUCAAAAUGCAGACUAGUAGAUGAAAUAUAUAUUCAGCUUAAGACAAAGUAUGAACAAGGAAAUGGCAGCAGUAAUAGACUAGACACACGUAAACUGGAAAUGAUGCCUUUUCCCUUUUAUUAUUCCUCAACGCUACCAAAUUUGUAAUGCUUAGUGUGUUGACUCAAACAGAGACGGUUUGCCCGAAAAUUUCGGCAAAACUACUGCCCAAUAAUGCAAAACGUCAGGGGCACCCAACGAGAAGAUAGUUCAAACCACUUAACAAUAGCAUUGUAUGAUUUAAACGGUAGAUAUAGGCAUAUUUUUAUCCCCUAUAAAUUUUUCAUCUGUUCGGAUUUCCUAGCUGAAAGUCUAGUGAUCCGAAAAUUAUAGGGAUCAAAACUUACGUUUUCGAAAAUUUCAGACAGAAAAAAGGCUCCCGAAAAUUCUAGGUGACCUUUUAAGGGUAAAAAUCCGUUUAAAAUGGGCAAAUAUACCAUUUUUUAGAUGUUCAAAAAUCCUAGGAGAGGCAGGCAAGCAAGAAAUUCUACAACAAAUGUUCAGAAAAUUCUAGAUCGCAAAUCGUCGUCCGAACAGAUAUUUUCCGAAACUUUUUGUUGGGUGCCCCUGAUCGUCGCUCAUCUUUGCUUAAACUCUCCAAUGAGACAGACCAAUUGAAACGACUCAACGUGGCUUUCAGACCAUAUUUCAGUACCCAAACAGAUACAACAGCAAACUGACCAACUACUUUUUGUUCCAAAUGCACCCAGGAAACGUUUCACUACAAUUCCAGUCUCUGGAGGAACAAAGUCGACUUUAAUCUUCCAGGAGGGGAGACUGGCUUGGACACUCACGAGACCAAGUUACCGACUUAUUGGAGCACACCGUUUAACAAGAUCUGUCUUGGAAUGAAGGUCGAUCAGCAGUUCAAGUCUGUUGUCAUCAACUAUCAAGCCAGAUCCCUGUAUUCACUGAUCGCAGAUAACAUAUACCGAAAUACUUCACUGGGCAGUGACACGUGGAAGAAGCUCAUUGGGUCUCAGGCCUCUUUGCAAACCAACUGUAACAAGGAAGGAUUCAACGUUCUAUGUGACGGCAGCAGCAACUCCAAAGCGAGAAUUGGUAUCGUUGCUAACAAUGAAGAUGACUGUGAAAGCUGCGACUCCAGAAUCGGGUUUGGCACUGGAGGGGAUUAUGAUGACUCCAACACGUGUGGCAAUGAAGCUACUUAUGAUGCAGAUAAUGGCGACCAGCACAUCAAAGCCAUGGGAUACAUCUUGGUCCAAUAAUCGCGGUAAUUCGCUGAGAAACUGCCUUCAAACCGCAGUCAAAAAGGCAGAAGUGGCCCUUAAAGACAACUAAGAUACUUUUUAUUGUUGUAAUAUGUUGUUUUAAUCGAAGAAAGGAUUGGCGCUGAAAUAAAAAA